GCUUCAAACAUCAAACAAACAAACGAAGCUUCCCCUCUGCCGGACUGAGAUUAUGAUUGGCUGCGGAUCAGCCGCAGAUCUUUGUCCUGCUUCUGCGCUGGAAACCUAAGACAUGGAGAUGGGCUCGCGGGGCCCGUGGGCUUCAAAUCAGUCUAUGCAUGUACUGUAAAGAUUCACGAUCUGCAUCAUUCAGCAUCUGCACGUCCACCCACUGAUUCACAUCUUGCCGCGGAACACCAUUGAGAGGAACAGAACACAAUACAGCAUGUUCCUUCUCCGAAUUAACCAUUUUAAUGUUUAGAAGCCGUAUUUUCUGCGACUCUUUCACGUAGGUCAUUGAGAUGCGAUGCGCUCUUCAUUGAGGAGAAGCGGACUGGCGCGCGCGCGUUAUUAUUAAUCAGCUUUCAUAAGGCGCGCGAGCUGGACGCUUCUGUCAGAGAGCCAAGUGUUUCGUUUGUGUUUCGACCACCUGCUCUGGUACCAUGAUGUUAGGGCAGUCUCCUCACCUUAUCGGGGGAAUCCUCUGGAUUCAAAACCCAAUGCGAGCUGUUCACUGCAAUCUGACCCAGAAUGGGCUUGACCAUCAGGUGUGUGCAGAGGAUGUGACCUCACACCUGGAGGAAGUGUCUGUUGAUCACGGACUGGAUGAUGACAGCCCAGGCUUUCAGGACCAGAGUCCUGGUUUCCAGCGACGAUCUCCACCUCAGCGCUCUGUCUCAGAAUCUGAGCUCUCCAGGCCGGGAACUGUGAAGCUGUCCAAACCCGUGGCCCUGUGGAGCCAGCAGGACGUGUGUAAAUGGCUGAAGAAACACUGUCCCAAUCAACACCAAGUCUACAGUGACUCCUUCAAGCAGCACGACAUCACAGGUCGAGCUCUGAUGAGGCUCACUGACAGGAAGUUGGAGCGUAUGGGCAUCAUGCAGGAGAGUCAGAGACAGUACAUCCUACAGCAGGUCCUCCAGCUCCGCGUCAGAGAAGAGGUCCGCACUCUGCAGCUGCUCACCCAAGCCUCUCUGGAGAGUUCACCAUAACUUGAGGGUUCCAGGAGGUCCUCCGAUCCUUGACCAUCUUCUCAGACGUCCACAGCACACACCAGACUGCGGUCUUCCUUCAGUCUACUUCUCAAAAACUCUUCUAAAGCAGAUCUAGACCCUCCCUCAUCAAAACAAUCCUAAAAAGGACCCAACUGAUCUUCAGUAGCUCUUCAGUAUACAGCAUAUCAGUUCCAAACACCAAGAAUCUCCUGGACAACUGAUGUUCCCUUUUGGACAAUGUGAAAGACUUGCUGCUGAAUUAUCUUGUUUGUUGUAUGUAAUCCUGAAGUGUAGCACUUUAACCUCUUUCUUCCUGCCAGUGUUCAGCACACAGCCUGUUAGCAUAUCUGACUAGCAUGAUGUUCUACAGUAUGACACACCCUGGACUUCCUGCAACAGUACAGAAGAAGAGUAUCUAUCUAUCUAUCUAUCUAUCUAUCUAUCUAUCUAUCUAUCUAUCUAUCUAUCUAUCUAUCUAUCUAUCUAUCUAUCUAUCUAUCUAUCAUUAGAUAUAUAGCUAUCUGGCUAUCUAAAUGGGUAGCCGUUUAGCUAAUUAGCUAUCUGUAGCUAACUUGUCUGUCUAUCUAUUUAGCUAGCUAGCUAGCUAGCUAGCUAAUUAGGUCUCUGUAUAGCAAACGUGUUUAGCUAUGCAGCUUAUUAGCUAUCUAGACAAGAAAACAAGCUGUCUAGCUAGCUUUCUUCACCUGUUAACAUUCUUAUGAAAUAGCAACAUGUGGACUCCACCCUUUGCACGUCUAAAUAUUACUUGUCUUUUCCUCUCUUUUUGUGUCUGCCGUCUCUUAGUGUAAUGUAAACCGUCUGGUCGGCUUGCUUGGUUAGUCGUCUUUUUUGUCUUUUUAUGUCCCCGAGCUUGAAUUCCUUCACCAUCCAUCAAAAGCAAGAUCCUGUUAUUACGUAUCCCAUAGACUGAACUGCACUGUGACUGUGACCAGGUCUCUUAAAAAGACAAGCCCACCCUUCCACUGGGAGCUGCGUUCCACCCCAAAUCCUUCUUUCAUUGCCGGACCAAAUGCAUUAUACUGUCAUCUCUUGAUCCGGAGCCAAACUUGGGUUUCGACUCAUGGAGGAAUUCAAUUAGAAGGCAGGAUGAAGCAACUGAGCUCAGAGCUGUGAAACUGCAAAGAAUCAGAAAUUGGAGACGAUACUUCUUUACUUUUUUUGGUUAUGAAGGCAGGAGAAAGAAGGGGAAAAAUAGAUGACAUGUCUCUCUGAAGUCUCAUCCUGCCAUUGGGAGAGAUGGAGAAAGGAAGGGAAUGUACUUUUAGGCAUGGAACGGCAUUAUUAAAAAAAGUGUAUAAACCAGACAGAGUGUUAUUUUUGAGAAAAGAGGAUGCAAGAUGCCUGUCACUAAGAGCCUUGAACUUUCCAUUCACUGUAUCUUUUUGAAUAGAAAUCUUCACAAAGGCAUCACUGUUAAUAUGACAUGGCCAUUCGCUGUUACCUUUUUAACUUGGAAGCACAUGGAAGUACUGAAGCAAAUGAACUGUCUUUGUACCCUUUGAUCAUUGUCACCUUUGUAUCAAACCUCUGUUACUUACAAGAGCCUCAGGCGUCAACAAGGCUUCUCACAACAAAGAGACUUACCACAAUUGUAGCAUGACUCCGCAAAUAUUGCACACCUUCCACAAAGGCGCUGACAUGGUUACCGAUAAAAGUCCAUGACAGCGCAGACCCACCAUUGAUUAACCGGAGCAGCUCCGGUUGUUUUGAGGGCUACAGUAAUAGGUUACAUGCUGCCGAUCGUGGCAUCCGGCCAUGCCUAUGAUGGAAGGUUUGCCUUACAAGAUGCUUUAGAUUGCAAUGAGAUCCAAAAAUUGAGUACUUUCGAUUAGACCCUGUCGAUUAGAUCUCGUAUUGGCUCUUGUCUGGCUCACAGGAUGGAGUCAAUACUGGGAAUCUGGGGAAAAGCAUGUUCCAAUUAAAAACUAGCUACCAUUUCAUGCCUUUGUGGGGCCUUGGUGUUUUUUUAUAGCUUAGAGAGGGCUCAACGCCAGAGGCUUUUGAUGACUGAGGGAACUUGUGGAGGGCUGAGAGAGUGAAAACCGAAAUGGUCAUUGGUUUUAUAGCUGCUAAACUAGCAUGGAUCUCACUAUAUAGAGAAUUUGUGGUUCCUUAGAGAGACAUUUUUAAAAGGAAAUCACAUUUUGGCUCAAAAUGGGUUUGUCUUGGACAGUUCACAUGAGCCGUAGUAGGAAGUGACAAACAUUAUGCAAGUAGCUCUAUAUCAGCUCUUAAAGACACUGAACGAGAGUUUGUGUUCUUUUCAUGUGGAUUAGAUUAUUAGAUCGCAAGAUGUUCACCCACGAGGGGUUUGUUUUUGAUUUGAACUUUAUGAGACCAUCUCAUGGUACAUUAACCGCAGAGUUCAAGUCAAUUCAAAUUGUUCCGCAAAAACUCAAUUGCAGCAUACUGUCGAUUCAGACUCUUAGUUCGCCUUAGGGUCUUUUUGUUAUUUUCUAAGAAAACUGCAUAGGAAUUAUUUAAUUUUUUUAAAGAUUACAUUUUAUAGCAUAAUACUACAGUUGUACAAUAUACUAAAAUUGUGUUUGAUAAUCACAUAAAAAGAUACCUAGUAGUACUAUAUAUAUAUAUAUAUAUAUAUAUAUAUAAUUUUCUUUGAUACACUUCAGGAUCAAAUAACAUAGAUUCAGUCAUUAUCACGAGAGUGGCCACAGAAAAACAAAAAGGCAAACACUAAUGGUUCUUUUUGAUCUUCAAGACGUUAGACCUUGAAAAAGCAAAUUCAUAAUAAUUAAGGCACAAAUGUGCAAGGAUAAUAAACAAAUAAAAAUUCACCCUCUGCUCUUAUAUUUAUGAGAAUUGCGUUUAGAUCAACAUAGACUCCAACACUUCUUUGAGGAAUAGAAUAUAGCUUUUGUUAGAUACGCAUCUCUCUGCCAGUGUAGUUCGAUCUGACAUAAUGUAAAAGUGUACACUCUACUC